UAGUUUUUUUUUACUAACAAUCCUCCAUCAUUUUUAUAUGUAUAUAAAAAUGAUGGAGGAUUGAAACCUUGGCUUUUUUUUGUCGUUUGCCUGUUUCCGAUCAAUCAAUGUAAGCUACGCACGGACGCGGCAAAGACGAGCGCGUGCACUUGAUAGGCCAAUGCGCCGCCGGGCGUGGCGCGAGCACGCUUGCGUAGGUGCGUGCGCACGCGGUACUAAAGUAGAGUACAUAACAAACGCGUUUGGGCUCUCUCGCUGCUCGCCCUCGCCCUCUCUCGAAGCUCCCCCUACCCUGACUUUCUCUUUCUCUUUCUCUCCUAGGUGCUGCUCUUCUUCUUCUUCUCGCAAACUCGUUUGCAGCCGCGGCAAUCCGCUGCGCGCCGUUUUACGCAAAAAGCGCCUACCUAGCUUUCUCCGUCUCGUCGACGUAGCAGGCGCGUCAUCCGUCCAGUCCUCGAACGCGCAAACCUCCACCUACCUAGGUAUCUACCUAGGCACGGCACCUACCUGCCUGCUCCCACUCCUAGUGACAGCGCGCUCUCCCUCCGCACGACCUCCCCGACCAACGGACCAAACCAAACCAAACCAAACCAACCCCAUCUCACGACGACGACGACGACGACGACGACGACGACGACGACAAUGUCCUCGCCCGCCGUCGCCGCCGCCGCAGCGUCCCCCGCCUCGACCUCCCCCGCCAGCGCAACAAAGCGCGGCCGCGGCCGCCCGCGCAAGGAGCCGGACAGCACGCCCGUCACGACGCCGGGGAAAAGCGGACGGCCGCGGGGCCGCCCGCGCAAGGACGCCGCCGCUGCUACGCCUCCUAGCACUACCGCUACCCCCACUGCCAAAGCUGGGAAAGCGCCUAAAGCUGGCAAAGCUACCGCCAACACCGCCGCCACCACGGUCGCUACCGCUUCCGCUGUCGCUAACGCUCCCGCUGCAUCGCCAGAUUCGAACACGCCGAAGCGCGGGCGCGGCAGGCCCCGCAAGGACGGCUUGCCCGUUGGCAGCGCGAAGGCAGCGAAGCCCGCCCCGCCGGACGGGGUGAAGCGGGGGCGGGGACGGCCGAGAAAGGUUGUUGCUGAAGGGGGGGAGGGGAGCAGCGCGCAGAAGCGGGGACGUCCGGCGGCGGGGAAGAAGAACGAUGCUGACGCGGAUGCGGACGCGGAUGCAGACGCUGAUGCGGACGAGGAGCCGGCGGCGAAGAAGCCAAAGGGCCGCUUUAGCGCGGAGGCAGAUGGCGAGGGCGAGAGGGCUGAUGAUAGUGAUGCGCUGGAUGCGGAUGCUGGUGCUGAUGACCCGGAGCCCGAGCCGGAGGAUAGUGAUGGCGAGGAAGGGCCCGAGGGGCAGUUGUUGUAGGGGCGCGUUUGUCGCUA